AUGGGGGAAAGGAAAAGAAACGACAAGGAAAAAUUUUCCAAAACAUCAGAAGUACUCUAGUUCUAUUUGUGCAGUGCAAAAAUAGAACUGGAGCUAUUUUUAUCAUCCUGUUACCCGUUCACACAGAUUCGGAUUGUUUAUUAUCGGAGUGACGCACGCGCGUAAAGUUCUUCAUUCUGAAGAGUAGAUCUCGAGGUAAUAACUUACUUGGUUUUAUUUGGUUUGGGUUGUAUUGAUUUGGUGAAUGACGGGGGGAUGGUACUAGAGGAGAGGGAGGGUCCUGGUGCCAUUUGAUCGGUGAGCUUUUGAAGAUCACAAAGCUUUAUCCAGAAGAGGAGCUGGACGAGACCCUCGGGCUCCGGGAAUUGUUUUGCGUGGUUCGGAUAAAACAAACACAGAAGGAUCUUCUGGAUUUAUGGACCGAGAUGCACACAUGCUUAUCUGAUCUCACUGGAUUUAAUAGCGUAAAACACUUUGGAAUAUAACGCGGAGAGUGUCGUAGUCUACAUGCUCGUUUGGAGAACAUUCAGGUAACAUCUACGUCAGUGCAGUACAGGAGGUGUGUGACCUCUGUGCCAGCAAUGGGGUGGCGAGAACUGACGAUUGACCUGCUGCUACUGCUGCUGUUGGUGUCCCAUCUGGAGGCUGUGAGCUUUCCUGAGGACAACAUCCCUUUAGAUGUUGUGGACCGACACUAUGCACGCCAGUACCCCGUGUUCCGUGGACGCCCCUCUGGCAACGAAUCUCAGCACAAACUGGACUUUCAGCUGAUGACCAAGAUUCAUGAUACGCUUUUCAUUGCGGGCAGGGACCAGGUAUAUUUAGUGAGUCUGAGAGAGUCCUACAGGAACGAGAUUAUUCCAUACAGGAAGCUGACGUGGCGGUCGGGGCAGGCGGACAGGGAGACGUGUGCCAUGAAGGGAAAGCACAGAGACGAGUGCCAUAACUUCAUUAAAGUCCUGGUUCCGAGAAACGAUGAUCUUGUGUUCAUCUGCGGAACAAAUGGUUUCAACCCCAUGUGCCGUUACUACAGGUUGGAUAACUUGGAGUUUGAUGGGGAAGAGAUCAGCGGUUUGGCCCGAUGCCCGUUUGAUGCAAAGCAGACAAACGUUGCCCUGUUUGCUGAUGGUAAGCUGUACUCAGCGACGGUGGCAGACUUCCUGGCCAGCGAUGCUGUGAUUUAUCGCAGCAUGGGAGACGGUUCUGCCCUUCGCACCAUCAAAUAUGACUCCAAGUGGUUAAAAGAGCCACAUUUUCUCCACGCCGUGGACUAUGGGGAUUUUGUCUACUUCUUUUUCAGAGAAAUCGCAGCCGAGCACAACAACUUGGGAAAGGCGGUUUACUCCAGAGUGGCUCGGAUCUGUAAAAAUGACAUGGGAGGGUCUCAGCGGGUGCUGGAAAAACACUGGACAACUUUUGUUAAGGCUCGCCUGAACUGUUCCGUUCCCGGAGAAUCGUUUUUCUACUUUGACGUUCUUCAGGCUAUUACGGACAUCAUCGACAUUAAUGGGGUGCCUUCUGUGGUUGGAGUUUUCACCACCCAGUUGAACAGUAUCCCUGGCUCUGCGGUGUGUGCGUUCUCCAUGGCAGACAUUGAGAAAGCAUUCCAUGGCCGUUUCAAAGAGCAAAAAACAGCAGAUUCGGUGUGGACACCAUUUCCAGAGGAGAAGUUGCCAAAGCCCAGACCCGGCUGCUGUGCGGGACACGGUUCAGCAGAGUCUUACAAAACCUCCAUCGAGUUUCCAGACGAGACCCUUCAGUUCAUCAAGUCACACCCACUCAUGGACUCCUCAGUCCCCUCCAUUGGAGACGAACCGUGGUUCACCAAAACAAGAGUCAGGUACAGGCUCACGGCACUCGCCGUUGAUAACACUGCAGGACCCCAGAGGAAUUACACGGUGGUUUUCAUUGGCUCUGAGGCAGGCAUCGUCCUAAAAGUGCUGGCUAAGACGUCCCCGCUGUCUUUAAAUGACAGCAUCCUACUAGAGGAGAUCGAUGUUUUCAACCAAGCCAAGUGUUUAUCCAGCAAUGAGGACGAUCGGCGAAUUCUGUCUUUCCAUCUACAUAAAGACACCCACACACUCUAUGUGGCCUUUUCUAGCUGUGUGGUCAGAAUACCUCUCAGCCGCUGUGAACGACACAGUUCCUGUCAAAAGUCUUGUAUUGCAUCUAGAGACCCCUACUGCGGCUGGAUGUCACAUGGAGCUUGUGAGCGCAUUCCUGCAGCUGUGCAAACUGGUUAUGAGCAAGAUGUCGAAUACGGCAACACGGCUCACCUCGGCGACUGUCAUGAAUUUUUGGCCACUACAUCAGCGCCAGAUUUCAAAUCAUAUGGCGACCCAACCUCUGACAUGGAGUUGCCAUCAUCGUCAGUCACAGUGCCCGUGACCUCUGAACCCAUACAAUCACCUCAAACCAUCCCCACUCAGAUUCCCCAACUCUUUGGCUCACGGAAAUUUGUGUUCCACGAUGACCCAGCCACUUCACGUUCUGUUGAGCAUAUACCAGGUGUGCUGGAGGGUGUAUGGGAAAUACAAGCAGGUGAAUCUAACCAGAUGGUGCAUAUGAAUAUCCUUGUCUCCUGUGUGUUAGCUGCAUUCCUGCUCGGUGCAUUCAUCGCGGGCAUGGUCGUUUACUGCUAUAGAGAUGCUUUCCUUCGCACUCCACGCAAGAUCAAAAAAGAUGCAGAGUCAGCACAGUCAUGCACUGAUUCCACUGGCAGUUUUGCCAAGCUCAAUGGUCUGUUCGACAGUCCUGUGAAAGAGUACCAACCCAAUAUAGAUACUCCUAAACUUUACACCAACCUGUUGACCAAUGGGAGGGAGGUACCAACCACCGGAGACACUAAGACGAUGCUCUUGAGUGGGCAGCCACCAGAACUAGCAGCACUGCCUACACCAGAGUCCACACCAGUGCUGCAACAAAAGAGUCUUCAGCCAAUUAAGAACCAAUGGGAGAGAGCUCAUGGAAAGAUGAGUGGCUCCCGCAAAGAUGGACCAACCAAAAUCCAUCCGUACCUUCCUUCCAGUCCCCCACCCCAUUCCACUGUCAGCAACCCCCACAUCCCCAGUGCCGUGGUACUGCCCAAUGCCACACAUGAGAACAGGGAAUCCUUCAGUACUCCUGAAGGGUCUCAAGCAGAAAAGAAGAUCCAGAAUAGUGAUCAACAUGGUUCCAGAUCUGGCCGUAAAGACCAGCGGUGUAAUGUGGAUGCCAGGAACACACUGAAUGACCUCUUGAAGCACCUGAAUGAGAACCACCCCAAAGCUAUUAUGGUGGAGAUGCCCAAAUCCCGACAGCACCUAAUGCUGGAACCCAUUGUAAGCCCAACGGAGAUUCCACCCAAAGUCCCAAGCCGAGAGGCCUCCUUGUACUCUCCAUCUUCCUCUUUAACCAGAAAUAGCCCAACCAAGAGACUGGAUGUGCCAACUACACCAACAUCGCCCACAGGGCAGAUGGGCACUCUCGAGAGACAGCGGUAUCAACGCAGUUCAUCCCAGCGACACUCCAUUUCCUCACCGCCCAAAGGGCUGCACUCACCUGGUGGGGCCAUAGUGUCCCGGCAACCUAGUUUGAACAGAGGUGGGUACAUGCCCCCAACUCCUACCCCACCCACUAGACUAGACUCUCACGGGGUACCAAUGGCUAUGACACCUUCCAUAUCCCGGCAGAGCAGCUACAGUGGUCAUGGGUCUUUACCACGAACAUCCAUCAAACGGACAGCAUCGUCAAAGCCAGAUGUGCCACCCAUACCCAAUGGCUUUGCACCACAGACUGCACAAAUGAGGGCAGUGAACAAGUAUAGCUACUGAAAUGCUUAGCCGAAUCUUACUCGUGCAUUAAUGGACGGUGGGAGUAAAAGUGUUCGGUCCACAGAGAUAUGGUGUGCCAGUCUCUGUUUCCUAUGAAGGGAAAUUAAUUGGAUGCCAGAGCUUCUGUUUUGGGGUAGUUGUGCUAUUUCGCUAUGACGUUGUCCUGUCAUGCUUGAGUGGCAGGUGACAGAUUCUGAUCUUCAAGGCGGCAGGGACGCCUGAGGUCACAGGUCUCAGCUGACGUGCAGCAUAAAGCAGCUGCGUAGUUGCUGCGGCGAUCGGGCAGCGUAAGCUCCCAGUGCACUGUUCAACCCCAUCAAUGUGAACUGUAUUUGUUUUACUGUUUGGAAAAUAUGAUAUUCUUGCUUGGAAAUCUCUCCAGAAGACAGACAGAGUGAAAGGGACAUGUUGCGUGUCUCUGUUUGAUUAGUCCCUGGGGCUAACCAGUGUGCAUUCAUUGAUCAUGUGUUUGUUUUCUGAACAAGCUUGAGUCAUCGCUGUCAUAAAAUAAAUUAAAUUUUUGGUGCAUUAACGUCUGAUGUGUUUGGACACAGAACUCCAGACAUAAAUUAAUCAUUUAUGCGUGCAAAAGAAAUGUCCAGGGCUCCUGCUUGGACUACUGAUUUAAAAACUCACAGUGUAAAAGUGCCCUCAACAUUUGUGCUGCUAAGUGUAGACGAUGACAAUGUUUAACAGACUACAGUGUGGCAUUCCAUGCAGCAGUUCUGUGUGUCGAGCUGCGUCAAGCUUUUAAACACACAGGCUCAGCACAGGAUCACGCUGGCCAAAUGUACAAUAUUCUUUUUGGUCAUUUUUAGUUUCAGUAAAUCACUGGGAAUCCUGUAAACCCAUAAAGUCAACUUUCAACUAUGCUAUACGGCAGAUCAUUUAUUAAGCUUUCUCCUUUCUUACAUGCCAAGCACUGCUGUUGGGUGUAUGAAGUCUCCUUUUACGUUCUUAAGUAUUCCUUGCAGUUUACACCAUUUCAGAGAGUUUGCUUUUUAGUUCCUGGGCAAAGCAUUACAUAAAACUGCAAACAGCACAUUCCUUACUACAAGCCACUUUUCAGCUCUGUGGCAAAACCCAACCUCAGCUCCAUACUAGACCCUAUCUGAGAGUUACGUUUCACUUUGCUUGUUUAAAAGAGGCCUCAAUUCCAUACUCACUAUAAGUGUACAAUUACUACAGUACCUACCAGUGUGUCUUGCAGAGUUGUGCCAGUGAUAGCUUCAUUGUGAAUAUACAACUAUUCAAGUAUGGAUAUUUUCAAGGCAAGUUUACCUGGAUCAGUGUAUUUGUGUGCCUUAUUAAAGUAAUGGGAGUGCGGUUUGAUUUUCAACAUUUCACUAUCAUCAAACAAAUGAUUUUUGGUUGGAUAUGACCAGUAAUCUAACCCUGGAUGGGAAUACCAUGAUUUGGCUGGACCUUCAGAAUGGUUUUCUUUGAGAGAAAUAAAUAAUAAUAAUAAAAUUUCUUUUUUUUUUUUUUCUUUUUUUUUAGGAAAAGGAAAAGAUUAUAAUUACUAAGACAUUUUCUUAUUGUAAUUUUAUUCUUAUGCAUUUCUGGAAGGUGCUAAUUUGCGAUGAUGAGAUGCCAUGUAAUGAAUGUAUUAUAAAUCUAAAAUGUAUAUCACCUGACUCUCAGCUCACCAUAUUUCACAACAUUUAAUGGGGUCAAAUCGAGAUUUGAGUGUUUUUAGAGAGGGUCAUCUGCAAUUAGAUACACAAUGUUUGUUUGAAAUUACUUGGGAAUGUCAGUAUAUUAAGGGGAAACUUGCCUGUUCAAGCCCAAAGCUUCAUGUUUGUUUACAUGUUCUGAUUGUAUUAAAGCAGCUAAGUGGAGACUGGUGCAUCAUCACCUGCUAAAGUUAAGUUUUAUUAAAGGAGUAAGAGUAGAUCCUGUGCUCUGGUUCAGGUUGUCCUAUGUUGAACUGCCUUGUAUAUUGCAAUAUAAAUCUGACUUCAAGCCUUUACUGUUCAGUCACCACUCUGUGUGCAAAGAAACCAGACUGGUCUACCUUUUAUUUUUAAUACUGUGCAAAAAUUGGCAGUUGGAAUACAGCUUCUCUUUUCUGGAAUAUUUUCAUGUGUAGAUAUUGUAAAGCUGUACUGUGAAAGUGUAAAUAAUUACAGUCAUUGUUUAAGAAUAUUUUUGUUGACUUUUUUAACACAGCAUGUAUAGUUGAAAUAAAAUAUUACUGCACAGAAUAUUA